AUGAUCUUUCCAGCUUAUGUUGUUAUUCAGGAUGAUACCCUAGUACCGUACGGUCUUAUCGCUAGGGAAUUUUUAAACCUGAAAGUUGAAGAACGAAACGAACUUGUGAACAAGCUGCGAGAAGAAUGCGACGGUAAGCUGUGUCCGGUGCUGCAACACUGCGUGCCCUACGGCAUCGCCUACCAUCAUUCGGGUUUGACGGUCGAUGAACGAAAGUUGAUUCAGGAUGCCUACCUCGAAGGCACGUUGCUGAUCAUCUGCUGCACGUCCACGUUAGCUGCCGGCGUAAACCUUCCUGCCAAACGGUUCGUUCGUAUUAUUGAUAGUCAGCAAAUAUUGACCACAUAG